UUAUAUAACAGUUUUGGGUUUAAAAGAAACUUGUUUGAAACUCCCGAGUGAUAUUCUACAUGCGUAGACUUGUGUAUUUGGGUUCAGUGGUGGUGGCUGCCUGGCUGUACGCCUCCGCAGCGCUCCGACCACCUGGCAAGAUGCUCCCAAACGCAGAUCGGAUGGAGGAGAUCAUACACCUCGGACUAUUCCCGGACAAACCCAGGAACGUGACCUUCUUGGAGUACUUUCGUAGCUUUACAGAUGUCAACGAAAACCUGACAAAAGUACUCGAAAGGCUGGAAUUCAACGUCCUGGACUCUGAAAACCUGGAGAACGUCAUCAAGCUCGCAGAGGAGGCCAGGAGGCUUAAAGAGUUGAAGAUGGCUGCCGUUUUGGACGCUGGGAGAAUGAAAGGAGACACGGACGCUAGGCGGCAGAUAUCAGAACAUCAUAUACCUGUAUUCAACUAUAAGAACCAUCCCUAUGCUUGGAAUGCAGAUGGCAGACGGAAGAUAGUCCAAUUAAUGCAGCACGUGGUGUAUUCCACGAGAUACGAGAUCAAUAAGCUACACAGACUGAGAAAAAGGUACAGAAAUAGUACCGUGUUCCAAAUCGGGAUCAGAUUUGGCAACCAGCUGGAGCUCAAGGCUCUCGCGGGGGCGCUCUACAGCACGAUGGAGAAGAUGCCUCUCAACGUUUCCAUGCUGUGGUACGUGUUCCACUACCACAAGCUGCUGAACAUAGCGUAUGACGUCGCCAGUAACACGGAGUUCAUGUAUCUACUGAACAACCGCCUCAAGGACGGCUACACGCACUGGAACUACGUCAAGGGAGAGGACGGAGCGGCCAGCUUACCUGCGGACUCCGCCGAGGCUACCACUGUGGAUCCCGAGAAUCUUUACAAGAAAAAGAAGAGAAAGUAAAUGUUAUAUUGCCUUUGAUGCUUGAAAUUAUUCAAAAAAAAAUAAUCUCAUCUAAAUCCAUAAAAUAGUGACGUAUCUUUAUUACCUAUACAAAAUCCUAUCCUGCAAUCUGAGAAU